CGGCCUGUGAAUAGAUAGAUAAAUGGAUCAAAUGUGUUACGCGUCGCAGUGACCCGUCUGUCCACUGUGUGUCAGGCAGCGCUAGAGAGCUGAUUUAUCGUCCGUGUAAACUCAAAUGUGUGGUCUGGGAGGGCAGAUGGCACUCUUCUGCGAUCUGAUGGGUUGCUGGCAAGCAUUUCCGUAGUGUAGUUUUUAAUGCAUCAUGACAGAGGCUUCUCUGCCUGACUCAUCUGUCCUAAUUUCAAGCUAAAGCCAGACAUACAUUAUUUCACAUAGAGCAGGCGGUGCAGAUGCAUGCACACACAUUUAACUCCUCCGUAUGCGCGUUUUAUUCGGAAACGAGUGAUAAAACACUUUUAAAAGGAUUCUGUCAUCAUGUCAAAGCUGUACAUGCUUUAAAUUGAUCCGUGGACGAUUCUGGGUCGAUAAUAACGUUAAGUUACAUGGUAAUACCAAGGUUCCCGGAGACAAGGAUGUCGAAACGGCUGCGAAAUAGCGAAGUUUGUGCGGACUGCAGCAGUUCUGAUCCUCGCUGGGCGUCUGUGAACAGAGGAGUUCUGAUAUGUGAUGAGUGCUGCGGUGUUCAUCGCAGUCUGGGUCGCCACAACUCACAAGUGCGCCAUUUGUCCAACACACCCUGGCCGCCCACCCAGCUUCAGAUGGUUCAGACAUUAUACAACAACGGUGCUAAUGCAAUAUGGGAGCACACUCUGAUGGACCCGUCAUUCAUCACCAGCGGGAAACGCAAACCCAAUCCUCAGGAUAAAGUCCACCCUAACAAAACCGAGUUUGUCAAAUCAAAGUAUGAAAUGCUGGCUUUCGUCCAUCGUUUACCGUGUCGAGAUGAUGACAGUACAGCAGCUGCUGAUCUAAGCAAGCAACUUCACUCCAGCGUUAGAACUGGCAAUCUUGAGACUUGUUUGCGGUUACUGUCGCUUGGGGCUCAAGCCAAUUACUUCCACCCGGAGAAAGGGAACACCCCGCUGCACAUCGCAGCUAAAGCAGGCCAAGUGUGCCAGGCUGAGCUUCUCUGUGUUUACGGGGCAGACCCUGGUGCUCCUGACUCCAGCGGCAAAACACCCAUCCACUAUGCAAGGCAAGCUGGCCAUCAGGACCUGGCAGACAGACUGGUGGAAAUACAGUAUGAGCUCACAGACAGGCUGGCCUUCUAUCUCUGUGGGCGGAAGCCUGACCACAAGAAUGGACAGCAUUUCAUUAUACCACAGAUGGCGGAUAGAAAUGUCAGUCUGGAGUUAACAGAGUUCGCAAAAGCUGCAAAAAGAAAGCUACAGUCCCUCAGUGAUCAUUUGUUUGAGGAACUGGCGAUGGAUGUGUACGAUGAAGUGGAUCGAAGAGAGACAGAUGCAGUUUGGCUGGCCACUCAGAACCACAGCACCUUGGUAACGGAGACAACAUUUGUGCCUUUCCUUCCUGUAAACCCAGAGUACUCCUCAACACGAAACCAGGGAAGACAAAAGCUGGCAAGGUUUAACGCUCAUGAAUUUGCCACACUCGUGAUUGAUAUUCUAAGUGAUGCAAAGCGACGCCAGCAGGGGACUUCAGUCUCAAGUCCUAAAGACAAUGUUGAGGUGUUCUUCAAAAGCGUAGGUAGCCGUCAUGGAAGUGAAAGCCAGGAAAUGGACCAGCCAGACUAUGACAGUGUGGCGUCCGAUGAGGACACGGACACUGAUUUACGAGUGGGAAAAGCAGACCGAGCUAAGAGUCUGGACUCUGAUCUGUCCGAUGGACCGAUUUCUGUGCAGGAGUUCCUGGAGGUAAAAAAUGCUCUUUCAGCCUCGGAGGCCAAAAUUCAGGAACUGAUGAAGGCCAAUAGUAAUCUGAGUGAGGAGCUGAGAUUGAUGCAGAAAAAGCUGCAGUCUCUGCAAAGUGAGAACAGCUCUCUCAGACGGCAGGUCUCCACUCAUCAGCCCUAUCAGGCCCCCGGCGGCCCUGACCACCCCAAUCCCUCCAGCCCCUCCUCCUCUUCCUCCUCUUCCUCCUCCUCUGCCCUGAAACGCCGUCUCUCUGCACAGACGAGCCGCCCCAUGUCUAUGUGUGAAACCGGCUCUGGUCUGAAGCCCUUUCUCCCCAAGGGAGAGACCCCUUAUCCUGAGGAGACCUUCCCCACCCUGCAACCCUUCCCAACCUAUGCCUCCAGAUUUGACAAGCAGAGCAGUGUGUCUGAUGGUGACUAUGAUAACACGGUUAGCGAAUCUGAUCUGGAAGACUCUGGCUUUGGCCGAAGAUGUCGUCUGCGCAGCAGCGGCUGGAUGGGAGAGAGCGGCUCUAUACCUGAGCUGGAUGAUCACGAGAGCGAGCCUGACCCCAGUCUGCCCAGCACUGAAGACGUCAUCUGUAAAACUGAGCAGAUCACCAAGAACAUCCAGGAACUGCUGAGGGCUGCUCAGGAGAACAAGCAUGAGAGUGCACCAUGUGAGCAGAGGGAGAGUGUCCGCAGACUUAGACACAGUCUGGGUUGUUUCAGCACACUGGUGCCUUGGGCAGACAAGCCCCCGUCUCCCACGCAGUCCCUCGGCCUAAGAGCUCCCCACCCAACCAACCCCAGCAACCCUGCCUCCUGCUUUAUACCCUGCGCAGAAAGAAUAUAUGUGGCUGUGAAUGAAAUGGCUGCCCUGUUCCCCAAGAGACCACGCUCUGAGACGGUGAGGAGCUCUUUGCGAUUGUUAACGUCCAGUGCAAACCGGCUGCAAAGCGAGUGUAAGAAAGCGUCUCUUCUGGAGAGCAGCCCUGCAGCCGACGUGCAGCUGGUCACCCAGCAGGUCAUCCAGUGCGCUUAUGACAUUGCCAAAGCUGCCAAGCAACUUGUGACCAUAACCACCAAAGAGAACAACAACUGAUCAUGCUUCCACACAUUUUUACCUGGAAAGCAACCCUGGUAUUAUUUUAAAUCUAAGAUAUAUUUGCAUGUUUUUAUUUUUAAUUUAAGGUGUCUGUUGUCAGUGUUGUUUGGCUUGAAGCCAUGAGAUAAAGCCUGAAGUGCUCUCAAGGGUUGUGUAAGGAUGUGUAUAUUAUGUGUGGACCUGUGAAAGUGUAUUUGACUAGAUAGCAGUUGAGAUGUUGUGGAUCGAGAAGGAUUUGAGCAGAAAUGAAUCUGCAAUAGAGCAGCCAAUCACGUACGAAAUAUUCAGUAAACGCCUGACUUUUUGCACUAUUCUGAAAACUGCUUUUACCUCUUCAUAUGCAAACAUUUAGUUUUUUUGUUUUAGUUUUUUGGUUGUGUUGUUUUUGAAUGAUGUUAAAAUCAAAAUAGUCUCAGUUAAAUUAUAUAAUGUAAAAAAUCUAUUGUACAAAACAUUCAGUUAAUAAGCGUAGUUUAGGUACAGAUAUAAUAAACUUGUAAUUAUAAAGAUGUCAAAUUAAGUAUACAUUAAACAAUAUAUAUUUCUUUUCAUGCCCAAGUUAAAUGUCUUUAUCUCGGUUGAAUACAUCAGGUGGCUAUAAUUCAGAUUUAUAGUGUGCAUUAGAGGUCAACCAAUUAUCGCUGUUGAUAUUAAGCAAUUUUAUGGUUAUCGGUCAUAUCGGUCAACUGAUUUGCCGAUAAAAUUAUUUAAAAGCAUUUAAAGAAAGUGUUUGUCAGAGCCCUUAUUAUUCUUAAUAUUGACAUUAAUUUUCAUUUUUACACCAGACAUAUUGGUUCAAAAUGAUCUGUCUACUUGAUCUUUAAUAAUAGAUAUCGGCAUCGGCCCUGAAAAACACAUCAGUCGACCUCUAGUGUGCAUUAAAAAAAAAAAGAUAAAGUGAGGAAAUUAUCAGUUAAUUACACUUAACCUCAUAUUUCAUCAGUCAAAUUUCAGAGGUCAAAAUAUUUAAUUACAUCAUUUUUUUUUUUUUUAAUACACUGCAGAUGAACAGUCUCCACCAGCAGAUACUGAUACUGUGUGAUGGUUUAGAUGUGUGUGUGUUUUUUUUUUUUUAGAUAGUUCCUCAUAUUGUAAAUUUAGUUGAGUGUUUUGGGCAGCUCUUAACUUUGCAGAUCUUUUUUAUUUCCUUUCUAAAUAUUUUAGUCUAGCCUGAUCCGGUUAGUCUUAUCAAACAGUUUGUGAGGUGGACUGGUAGCUCAGUGUUAACGUUUUGAGUGUUUGUAGUUGUUUUAGAUGAACAGGCCUUCCACUAAUUAAUGUUAUUGCUGCCUGUUGUUAAGAAGAAAAUGUGUUUAUUUUUUAAAUAAACUUAAUUUAUAAUUUUGAGCUUCAA